UUAAAUUACCCAAAACUCUAAACCAAGACUCAUAACUAAAACACCUUAACCUUGGUUGGAGAAAAAAGGAAAAAAAGGAUAGAGGUGGAAGAGGAAGGCAUAGGAAAACAAAAUGAGGCUUUUGGGAGCCUUCUGGAGGCUUAUCCAAGCUUCCACCGACAAAGACAAAAAACUUGGUUGGGAAAAUGCCAUGUGGAAUCUAUUCGUAAGAGUUGAGCUAAGAAAGGAUGAUGCAGAUGUUUAUAGACAACCUUCAGAGGCAAUGUAUCCAAGGGAACCUGGUUUGUCACUUCAGAAGUGGGCUCACAUGCAAGUUGCUGUUGGUGCUUGGGUGGCCUGCUACCAUGAUGAAAUUAAAGUUUCUCUCCCUGUUGUUUGGACACCAUUGCAUCACCUUGUAUUCACUUUCUUCCAUGUUGAUCUUCAAAUGAAACUAGAAGCUCCAAAACCAUUCGCCCAUCAGCCGUUCCUCUGGGUCUAACGUGGCCUUUUUUUUGCUGAGAUGGAGGUGCCACCUGGACAAAUACCUCAAUCCAACCCCAAAAUAAAAGCCCAUAUAACCUGCUCCAUUCUUCAACAACUUAACAACCUUGUUAACCCUUGUUUUGUUCUCUCCGGGGAGCCAAAACAGAGGUAUGUUUGUUUCCUCAAUGGAAGCUAAAUCAAGUUUAU